AUGAUCGCAAACAAAGUUUGGGCUGAACUUGAUGUUCAGACAUUUUAUGCCAAUUGGGAUGAGACUGAAAUUAUCGAUAAUGAUAAGAAUAAAAAUAACCAAGAGCGCCCCAAUCGUAAUGCACUGGUAGUCUGUGAGAAACGCCAAGAAUGGACAACCGGAUUAUUAAGCGAGGCACUCGAAAACGUUACCCAGGUGGUCAAUAAAUUAAAUGACCAGGUGGCUAUGUUAAAUACUGCCUUUCCAUAUGGAUUCGUGUACAUUCAGUUGCCCAACCAGUCUGAGCCCCGGGAUCUGUGGCCACAAACUAACUGGUCGGAUGUGACACAAAACAACUCGGAAUUGAUUUUGGGAUCGAAACUAAUGAAUAGCAUUCAACCCAAGGAUGAGAAUAAGGCUCACUAUCAGCCCCGCGACGUAAAAACUGGAGGCGUUGGACUACCACACCCGACCCCUAACUCAGCCAUUGACCUAAACAUAUGUGGUGAUUGGAUAGCCUACCGCAAACAAAAAUGUAUCAAGAUACUACCAAUUCGGGGCACAUAUAACGAGGCUAUAGUUAAUUGUCAACAGGAUAACGCAAACGUGAUCACCAUAAAUGACCAGGAUGAACAGGAAUUUAUGAUGGACAUCCUACAAGAGUUUAACACUACCGCUGACAGAGCCUGGGCUAACCACCCCACCGACUCGGCCUACGCUAACUGGGAAGACAUCCCUGACACUAAAUAUUACAGAAACCGCAACGAAAUCCCUAUCCAUAUAUCCCUUUCGGGCAUAAAUUACGGCAAAUGGUAUGACGAGAGGCUGAGCCGUAAGGCACUGAUAGGCUGCGAGAAACGCCAGGAGUGGACAGUAGGCCUAUUGAGCGCAGCCCUUGAAAGUGUAGUAAAAGUGGUGAAUCAGCUAAAUGAGCAAGUUAAAAUGGGGCAUACCCGAGUGAUUCCCGAGGGGUUUGUUUACAUUCAGCUGAAUAAUCAGUCGGAGCCCCGGGAUCUGUGGCCGUGGGCUAACUGGACUGACGUGACACCGGAUAUGUCGGAGCUGUUGAUGGAUUCAAAUCAGUUGAAUGGCAUUCAAGUGAAGGACGAGAACAGGGCUGAGAGUCAGGCCGUGAAGGUGUGGAAAAGGAUUUUUCCCGUGUCUUCUGUGAACGCUAUGAUAGAGACCCCAAACCAUAGGCUUAUAAUACUAGCCGUGAGUGUGAAGUACUCCUCGAAAGACAUUUUCAGUGAUGUCUCGUAUACAGUGGUCGGCUCUAUAGUAAUAGCCGGUAGUAUUGUCUGUCCACUAUUGGACUCGUAUAUUACGUUAGUGGUGGCCAGGCUUAUAACACUAGCCGUGAGUGUGAAGUACUCCUCGAAAGACAUUUUCAGUGAUGUCUCGUAUACAGUGGUCGGCUCUAUAGUAAUAGCCGGUAGUAUUGUCUGUCCACUAUUGGACUCGUAUAUUACGUUAGUGGUGGCCAGUCAGCAAAACACUAUCGAUAAACAACAGGAAAUACAGGAAAAUCUUAUCGAUAAUGUAAAUACCGUUCCCAUAUGCUUCAUAUAUAUACAGCUGCCCAACCACUCAGAGCCCAUACACCUGUGCCCAGUGGCCAACUGGUCGGACGCUACUAUAGAAUCUAAUUUACUAUUUAAAGUUCACUUACUGUUGACCUUAGCAAUUUAUGGGGUUCGACUACAACUACUCUUAAGACAACUACAAUUGGAUAUGAAAUGA